AUGCCUUCGUCUGCGGAGGGGUGGAGUCGCAGAGAAGCAACCAGCCAGCGGCGGCCCACUGCGCAUGUCCGAUCGGCGGUCACGUUGCAGCGCUCGGUCCAAUCAACGGAAACUUUCCUAACAGAGAUUUGUAAGAUGGCGACCGCCGAACCGGAAACCAACCCAAGUCCACCCCAGCCUGAUGAAGAUGGACCUGAGGAGACUGGUCAGGAGAUUGUGAGCCCAGAGGCCUACAUCAAGCACCCCCUCCAGAACAGAUGGUCUCUGUGGUUCUUCAAGAACGACAAGAGCAAAACAUGGCAGGCCAACCUGCGACUCAUCUCUAAAUUUGACACUGUUGAAGAUUUCUGGGCCCUGUACAACCACAUCCAGUUGUCAAGCAACCUCAUGUCAGGUUGUGAUUACUCCCUUUUUAAGGAUGGCAUUGAACCCAUGUGGGAGGACGAGAGGAACAAGCGUGGCGGGCGCUGGCUUAUCACGCUUAACAAGCAGCAGAGGAGAUUAGACCUGGACCGCUUCUGGCUGGAAACUCUCCUGUGCUUAGUUGGAGAGGCCUUUGACGACUACAGCGACGAUGUCUGCGGAGCUGUGGUCAACAUCCGUACAAAAGGAGAUAAAAUAGCUGUCUGGACAUCAGACUAUGAGAACCGGGAAUCUGUGACACACAUAGGGAGAGUUUACAAGGAGCGCUUGGGGCUUCCCAUGAAGAUGACUAUUGGCUACCAAUCCCACGCAGACACUGCUACCAAAAGCGGUUCAACCACCAAGAACAAAUUUGUUGUUUGAGAAAGCGCCCUAUGUGCCUCUGUCAGUUUCUUGUCUUAUUUGUUAUUGGUGCAUAUGUUUACUUUGCUGCAAAGACUCUGCGGAAUGCAAUCUGGAGGAAAAACACCCAAUUCCGAAACUACGUGCCAAAUGUUUCCAUAACCUGCCCAGGACUUGAACCACAGGAAAACAGAUGAAGAUCAAUCUUCCAAAACACUAACAGUGAGAGGUAUUAAUAGUGGAUGAGAGUUAGAGUGCUGCAUUACUCUACUAAAUAAAGUUGUUGAUUUCUUUUUUUUUUUUAUGGAAGAGAAUCUUGAAAUGCUACCCAAAAAAGUAUAUUUCUCUCCCAUUUUCUACAGCAUCGUUGGUUUGCUGUAAUAAUGAUGUUAAACCCUUUUAAUUUAUUAUUAAUUUGCCUGCAUAUUAUUAGUUUGCCAGACCUUUGUUUUAUGCUUUUAUUGCCUUGAACUGUUGCACGUAAUCAACCUUUUUAAAGUAUUUCAUGACUCAUAUUCAUUUUGAGUGUUAAUAUAAUUAAAACAUUGGUUUUGCAAUUA